AUGGCCGCUACCGCCGACGCUGCUAAGCAGCACUCGAUCCUGCCUACUCUGAUCCCCCACCUCGACCGCCAUCUCGUUUUCCCUCUGCUGCAAUUCCUCGAGGACCAGGAGGAUGUCGACGAGCCCUCGCUCGAGCACAUCAAGCUCAAGUUUGAGCUGCUCAAGCACACCAACAUGACCGACUUUGUUGGCGACCUCUUCGCCAAGAUCAACAAUCUGGACGACAUCCCGGAAGAGUACGCUCAAAAGCGCGACCAGGUUCUCAAGAAGCGUGAGGACCUGCAAAACGAGUGCUCCAACAUCCAGGACCUGCUGGCCGAUACCGAAGUCAUCAACAACCUGCGCUCCGACAAGGUCCAGAACUUGAUCUACCUCAAGGAGAACCACGGCGUGACCUCUGAGAUGGUCGAUGCUCUGUACGAGUUCGGCCAGUUCCAGUACAGCUGCGGUGACUACAACAGCGCCUCGGAGCUGCUUUACCAAUUCCGUAUCCUUAGCACCGACAACGACAAGGUCUCUGCAGCAACGUGGGGCAAACUCGCCUCGGACAUCCUCACCACCAACUGGGAGUCCGCUAUGGAGGAGGUACAAAAGGUCCGCGAGAACAUCGACUCGCGCCUGUUCAACAACCCCCUGGCCCAACUCGAGCACCGCAGCUGGUUGAUCCACUGGUCGCUCUUCCCCUUCUUCAAUUACGAGCCCGCCCGCGACCAGCUCACCGACCUCUUCUUCUCCCCCACAUACAUCAACACCAUUCAGACCGCCUGCCCCUGGAUCCUGCGUUACCUCGCCGCUGCUGUCAUCACCAACCGCAACCGCCCCGCCGGCAAGAACGGCCAGAACUCGUACCAGAAGCAGCUUAAGGACCUUAUCCGCAUCGUCAGACAAGAAACCUACGAGUACAGCGACCCCGUCUGCGAAUUUGUCAAGGCUCUCUACGUCGACUUCGACUUCGAGGAGGCUCAGAAGAAGCUCGCCGAGGCCGACGAGAUUCUGCGCAGCGACUUCUUCCUUGUCGCUACAAGCGACGCUUUCAAGGAUGCCGCCAGACAUCUCAUCUCAGAGUCAUACUGCAAGAUCCACCAGAGAAUAGACAUCAAGGACCUUUCCAAGCGUCUUGGUCUGUCCGAGGACGAGGGUGAGAAGUGGAUCGUCAACCUGAUCCGCGACACCCGCGUCGACGCAAAGAUUGACUACAAGGAGGGCACCGUUGUCAUGAACCACCCACCACAGUCAGUCUACCAGCAAGUCAUCGAGAGAACCAAGGGCGGUUUCUUCCGCACCCAGGUCCUUAGCGCUGCCGUUGCCAGGUAA